AUGAUGAAGGAGUUAAAGAAGUGGCACGGUGUAACAAUCAACAGCAGCAGUAGUAGUAGCAGUGACAAUGGUGGCAGCUCCAGCACACACUCGCUUGGUAAUGAUCGCAGCGGAUCAUCGAGCCAACCAAUCAGUACGCAGCAGCAGCUCGCGGGUCUAGUUGACAUUGGACUGUUGAGUCUUGAGCAGUGGAUCCUGGGCAGGCUUUGA